GCAGCGCCUCAUAAAGUUCAUCUUCACGCACCCCAUCGCUCUCUCUCUCUGUGGUCAUCCGACAGUAGCACGUCUUUCCCAGUUUCCGUAAGGACUUUUGUUAAUUUUCUGUAUUAUGAUGAAAACGGAGGGCAUCGCGGGCAUCGAGCAGUUCGAUAGCCCGGGUAAGGGCAGAGGUCUGCGGGUGAGCAAAGCUUUCGGAGUCGGUGAACUGCUGUUCUCAUGUCCAGCUUAUUCAUACGUGCUGUCCGCCAGUGAGAGAGGAUUAAUCUGUGAGCAAUGCUUCACAAGGAAAAAAGGUCUUGCAAAAUGUGGGAAGUGCAAGAAAGCAUUCUACUGCAAUGUGAAGUGUCAGAAAAAGAACUGGGCCAUGCACAAGCUGGAGUGUAAUGCCAUGUGUGUGUUUGGUGAGAAGUGGAGUCCUUCAGAGACCGUGAGACUGGUGGCCAGAAUCAUCGCUAGACUGAGAGGCCAGACAGAGAGAAGCCCAUCAGAAAAACUGCUCUUACUCAGGGAUAUGGAAGACCACGUGGAGGAGUUGGAUAAUGAAAAAAGAGAGUUGACUGAAGCAGAUAUCGCAGGUCUUCAUCAGUUUUACUCCAAAUAUCUGGACUUCCCUGACCAUCAGGCUCUGCUCAGACUUAUCUCACAGAUUCACUGUAAUGGCUUUACUCUGGAGGAUGAGGAACUCUCACACAUAGGUUUAGCUGUAUUUCCAGAUAUUGCCCUCGUGAACCACAGUUGCUGUCCUAAUGUCAUAGUCACAUACAGAGGUAUCAAUGCCGAAGUGAGAGCUGUACAAGAGAUCAGUCCAGGACAGGAGAUAUAUAUCAGCUAUAUAGACCUGCUGUACCCUACAGUGGACAGAAUAGAGAGACUCAGAGAUACCUACUACUUCAGCUGCGACUGCAAAGAGUGUUCAACUAAAUCCAUGGAUAUGAUGAAGAUGAAGGUGAGGAAAUUGAGUGAUGAAAUAAGUCAGAAGGAGAUCAGCGAUAUGGUGCGUUACGCUCGAAAUGCCGUAGAAGAAUUUCGCAGAGCCAAACGCGAGAAAAGUCCUUUGGAGCUGUUGGAGAUGUGUGAACUCAUCAUCGAUAAAAUGAGUUCAGUUUUCGACGACUCUAACGUCUACAUGCUCCAUAUGAUGUACCAGGCCAUGGGCGUCUGUCUCUACACGGAGAGCUACGAUGAUGCGGUUAGAUACGGCGAAAAAGUUGUCAAGUCUUACAACGUGCUUUACCCUACGCACUCUCUCAAUAUAGCAUCAAUGUAUCUUAAACUGGGCCGACUCUACAUCGCUCUGGACAGAAAGUCCACCGGCAUCAGUGCCUUUCAAAAGGCAUUGGCCAUUAUGGAGGUCUGUCAUGGGAAAGAUCACCCAUAUGUAACGGAGCUCAAACGAGAAAUCAUUGGUGAUGAAUAAUCUGACAGGACAUUGAAUUUAACCUUAUACAUGUGAAUGAAUGAAGAAACUCUCUUCAGUGAGAUUUAUGAGAAACAAAAUGUGUGUUAAACCUGUAUAAGUUUUAAAUGUACUUCAUGUUAAAUAAAUGUAUUUGUUAUAAGAUGAAGAAAA